AUGACGUCCGAGAUGGACAAGCUUUCGAUGGCUAUGAGUGACUUGGCUCCUGCUUCAACUGAGUCACGCACACACAUAAGUGAACUAGCAAAAACAACAAAUGAGACACGCACACAGAUGAGUGAGUUAGCAAAAUCACAAGCUGAAUCACGGCAUCACAUGGGAAGGAUGGAGACAAGACUCGAUGCUAUUGCGGACAUAAUAACCAAGAAACUCAAUCCUAAUAGUGCGUCCUACAUAGGCAUACAUUCGGAGGAUGAAGGGGAUGAAGGUGACUCAAAACCAACCAAGAACGCCUAUCCAGAUGAUAAAGGAUUGAAACUUGAUGACUACACUGGUGAAGGCAAGCCUAAGGACUUGUUAGAGUGGAUUCGCCAACUAGAAAAGCUUGAAGGAUUGCAACAAAGAGCCAAGAAAAACAAAACCAAACUAUGUAGUUGGGAGAAAUUGAAUGGGAGGCUUAAAGAUAAGUUUUUGCCGGAUGAUUAUGAACAAAGGCAGUUCAUAAAGCUUACGUCAAUAAGCCAAAGUGAUCUAAGUGUACAUGAAUACACUAUGGAGUUUGAGAAGCUAGGCCUUAUAUGUGAUAUAGAAGAGAAAGAGAAGCACAAAACAGCAAGGUACAUUAAAGGUUUGAAUAGAAACAUAGCUAGGAGGGUUGAAGUUUCUACUUACCAUUCUUUCGAGGAUGUGACUAAGUUAGCUAUGAAGUUUGAAGAGCAUGACAAAGAGGAGAAACCUAAGGGCAUCUACACACCUAGGUAUGAUCCUAACACAAAAGGGAAGGCUACUACUUCCUAUACAAGGUGGUCCGAAGGUCCUAAAACUAACACUACACCUAAGGAGGACACUACUAUGGAGAAAACUAAAGUGGUCGUGCCUAAGGAGAAGUUUGAGGAGUUGAGAAAAUGCUUCAAGUGUCAAGGAAGAGGACACAUAGCAAGUAAUUGCCCUACCAAGAAAGCACUUACCAUGAGGCAAUACUUAGCCUUACAAGAGGAAGAAAGCAUGUAUGAAUUCAUCCCUGAAGAGGAGCAAAGCAUGGGAGAAGAUGAUGAAGAAGAGGAUGCUUUUGCAGAAGAUGAUUCAAGGAUUCUUGGAGUGGUUAGGCGCACCUUACAUGUGGAUCAUACACCUAACAUGGCACAAAGGGAGAAUCUUUUCCAUACCAGAUGCAAGGUAGGUGAGUAUACAUGUAAUGUAAUAAUAGAUAGUGGUUCUUGCACUAAUGUUAUUGCAGCUGAAGUGGUGUCCAAACUCAAUCUCAUCACAAGGGCACACCCUAAACCCUACAAAUUGAGUUGGUUAGAUGAUAGCACUGGCAUGAGGGUGAAGAAACAAGCACUUAUUUCAUUCUCUAUUGGAAGUUAUAAAGAUGAGCUAUGGUGUGAUAUAUUACCUAUGAGUGCAUGCCAUCUUCUACUUGGAAGACCAUGGCAAUUUGAUAGGAAGGUUAUUCAUGAAGGGGACACCAAUGUCUAUUCUGUAUUAGUUGGUUCAAAAAGGGUUAGAUUACAUCCUCUAAACCCUACUCAAGUGGCGCCUAAACAACAACCCAAGACACCAAGUUAUUUCCUAAAUGCAAAAGAAUUCGAGCAUGAAGUAGAGAAGAGGUAUGCUUAUGCUUUGGUGUGA